AUGACUCGUAAGGUGUUCACGAACACACGGGAACGCUGGCGUCAGCACAACGUGAACGCCGCGUUCGCGGAGCUCCGGCGACUCAUUCCCACUCACCCCCCCGAGAAAAAACUGAGCAAGAACGAGAUCCUGCGCCUCGCCAUGCGCUACAUCACCUUCCUGGUGCAAGUCCUGGAAAGUCAGAGCGGAGAGUCGCACGCCCCUGCCAGCCCCACGGCGCUCCUGACCCUCCUCGCCGCCAACGUGGAGGACAUAAAGAACCCCACGACCUGGGCUCCGGCCAGCGACACCGACCCCGCCUCACCCGGCUCCAGCUGCGACAGCUCGGAGACGUGGUAG